UGGGUUCUGACGUCACGCACCAUGACGUCACUGUGGCAACAAAGACACGACCAUCGACAGGGAGUGAACUACGUCUCGGCCACCUCCGUGUUUUAACGACUUUGACGCCACCACCGAGGGCCUGCGAGGAUGGGAGCCGUGCUAGGAGUGUGCACCGCGGCCCAGCUGGCAUGUUGCUGUGGGUCAGCAGCGUGCAGCCUGUGCUGUGCUGCCUGUCCGUCAUGCAAAAAUUCCACGUCCAGUCGCAUCAUGUAUGCCGUCAUGAUGCUGUUGGGCACCAUUGUGGCUUGCAUCAUGCUCUCUCCAGGACUCCAGUCAGCUUUGGAGAAGGUUCCCUUCUGUGAGGGAGAAGGUGCCCAAUCCUCGAUUACUGAUCCUGUUGCUAAGUCAGUCCAGCUGGAUUGCUCUGGAAUUGUUGGCUACUUGGCUGUGUACCGGCUGUGCUUUGCCAUGUCAUUGUUCUUCUUUGUAAUGGCACUGCUCAUGGUGGGAGUCAAGACCAGCAAAGACCCUCGAGCUGCCAUACAGAAUGGCUUUUGGGGCAUCAAGUACCUGGUGUUGAUUGGAGCCAUUAUUGGAGCAUUCUUCAUCCCACACGGAAACUUUGGGCAGGUGUGGAUGUACUUUGGCAUGAUUGGUGGGUUCCUGUUCAUUCUCAUCCAGCUGGUGCUCAUCAUUGACUUUGCUCACUCCUGGGCUGAGGCCUGGGUGGACAAGUACGAGGAGACAGAGAGCAAGGGAUGGUACUGUGCCUUGCUGUCCUUCACCUUCUUCAACUAUGCAUUGGCUAUCACCGCUGUAGUGCUUUUCUACGUCUUCUACACCACGCCACAUGAUGUAACACCGGCUCAGGAAGUUCUGACUGAAAGCUGUGGCUUGCAUAAGUUCUUUAUCUCCUUUAAUUUGAUCCUCUGUGUCCUUGUGAGCAUCCUCAGCAUCUUGCCCAAGGUCCAGGACUCCCAGCCCCGCUCUGGCCUUCUUCAGGCCUCAGUGAUCACACUGUACACCAUGUACCUCACCUGGUCCGCCAUGACUAAUGCCCCGCAAAAGAACUGCAAGCCUGACUGGGAUGCCAUCAUCGAUAAUGGAGGAAAGGUCACACCCACUGAUGGCCCUGUGACACAUGAACCAGCCUUUGAUGGGGAAUCAAUUGCCUCACUCAUCAUUUGGUUCUGCUGUGUGCUGUACUCCUCCAUGCGCACAGCCUCCAACUCCCAGGCCUCCAAGCUCACCAUGUCCGACAAGGUCCUCCUAAAAGAUGACUCCACCCGCCGAAGUUCUGGAGACAUUCCUCUGGUGACCAGUGAGGUGGGACAAGGUGCUUCUGGGGACCCGGAGGCUGGUGAUGGCCACCACGUUUGGGACAACGAGGAAGACAGUGUGGCCUACUCAUGGUCCUUCUUCCACAUCAUGUUUGGACUCGCCACACUCUAUGUCAUGAUGACCCUCACCAACUGGUUCACCCCUAACUCUGAUCUCACCACCCUCUCCAGCAACGUGGCUGCAGUGUGGGUCAAGAUCGUCUCUAGCUGGAUCUGCUUGGCCCUUUAUUGCUGGACGCUGGUGGCCCCAAUCAUCCUCAGCAACCGUACCUUCGACUAAGCUUUGAAUAAGCUCACGCCAUUACGAAUCCCAUCUGCAAGCAGUGGGUGGGAAGCAGCAUUGCCCUGCAGGAUAAAAUAGCUUUGACCUACAAGUAACCAUGGUUUUAGUUGAUUAUUUACCUCUAUGGGCAUAGUAUGACCCUUGCAUUGUAUGCAGUUGUCACAUGUUCCUGUUGGACAUUAUUUUCAUAGUAUUCUCCAUGCUAUACCUUAGGUCCAGCCAAUCUCAAGUGGAACUCACAUUACAUCAAUGUAAUUUUAUUACCCAUUGAAGAAAUGAAGCUUCCCUGAUGUAUUGGCACAGGAUACUUUGUAGGUCUCAAUAUUAUAUAUAAGUGAUGUAGAUGUUGUAUUUUGCAAAUACCCAUUCAUCCUAGUCAUACACUGAGGUUCAUAAAUUCAUGUAAGGAAGGUGAAAUCAGCAGUAAUUAAGAAAUAUUGUUUUUAGAAUUUUGUAAUUUGUGAAUGUAACUUGUGAAUCAUUUUAUUGGUGUGCUUACAGUGGUUUAAAAGAGAACUGGAGUUUCACAGCCUGUGUUACACAUCUAUAUGUAGCUUAAUGCUGGGAGUCUUUCAUGUCCGCACCAAUUAUUUGCAAACUGUGCCCCAUUUAUCCCAAUCACAGUGAGGGUUUAGUGGCAGCCCAAUCCCCUCUAAUAUAAAAUUCCCAUAGUUAGAAAUAUUAUGGUAAUGGUCAGUUUAACUCAUACAGAGGUGUGUGGAUUUGUGAAGUGUGCAUCAUGCAUAACUGAAAUGGUCACAUAAGGGCAAGCUUGGGUUUCAAAAUGUGUGUUCAUUUGCUUUCAGCUAUUGUAGUUGAAGCACAUCAUGAAUUAUAAGAUGUUUCCUGUUAAUGGUAAAUUGAUUACAUUAAAUUAGUCUUGCAUACAAUGUGUUGAAAUCUUAAGACACUGGAAGGGUUAAUAUUUUCUUUUACUGCUUUAGUUAGAAUCACUUUGAUCAGCCAGUUGAACUACAUUAUGAUUAUUUUUUACGUUAGAAUUUAGUUACUCUAACCAUGCUGAGAGUAAGACGGAGUGUACUGUGUACGUGUGUGUGUGCAUAUAUGUGAGAUUCAUAAGUUUUGCAUUGCAUGUGUUGAUCCAUACACCUUUUUUAUGAAAUUGUCUUUACAAUAUAAUCACGUUAUAUUUGUAGCCUUUCUCAAGUUUUAGGUUUGUUGUAGCGUUACCUGAUACAUGGUUAUUGUUUGCAUUUUAUUUUAAAAAAUAGAAUUCUUUGAAUAGCAACUAUAUGAUGUAAUUGUUUAAUUCAUGUAAACAAGAUCAUGGUUUCUAUUUAGAGUAUUAUUUCAGAUCCGUAUAAUCUUAGAGAUGAGAAAAUACGUGGAUGUCAUUACCAUGGGGAAGAUAGGUUAACUAACACUUUUGUGGUACUAAUGUUGCGUGCUCAGUGCCCAAUACUUCCCAAUACAAUUUUUUGUUCCUUCCCAUGAGGGUUGUUGCUGUCAGGUGAUGAUGCCAAGUGAGGCUGGUAAGUGGUUUUCAUUAUAAGAUCAAUCAAAUACUUCACUCUUUAAAGGUUGUUAAAUGUUAUUCAAUCAUGUAGUUAUGAUGGUGAUAAAUUAUUGUUAAGUCAUGGAUAGCUUUAUUAAUGUGAUAUAUUUUAAGUUUCUUCUUAAUUGGUAUCAUUUAAAAUCAUGGAAAAAAAGAAUUUUACAAGUAUCAUUUAUAUCCUCCUGUACUUAUUAUUAUUAUGGUAGUAAUAUAUUUUUUCUUGCAGCAUGAAUAUUAGUUUGGACACUGUAGAUAGCUUACUAGACAGAUUUUAUAAUUGAACAUGUUAAAAUUAAUGAAGAUGAUGAUUGGCAAUACAGGUAACUCGAUUUAUGCGAGUUUGGUUUACGCGUUUUUUAAAUAACGCGGGGUCCAAAAUCCAAAUAAAUGUUUAAUUCAG